GUCAGGUAGCGUGGUUGAUGUCACCGGGGAUGUCAGGAGAAACUCCACUUGAGGCAGCAAGGAUGGCUCUGGAGCAGCUCAGUGAUGUGGUCCAGAGAUGUCAAGGGGUCCCUGAUGACAGCUACACCACAGAGGCUCAUGAUGUCUUCACAGUUGCUGGGCGGAUCUGCAUUGAGGAGGGAAACAGUCUGCAGGUCCUCAGUAUUGUCCUGGACGAUAAAAAUCAAGACAUAGUCAGGUGCAUGGGUUGGAAUCUGCUGCCUCCUCUGGUUCAGAUUCUGCUGAAGAAAGAAGACAAGAACCUUCCUCACUGCCUCGCCAUUUUCAACCACCUACUAAAGACAUGCAGGCCCAAGGAGCUGCUGAUCGGCCUGUUGGAGCAACUGGAGCAGGAUGACGCUGACACCAUCGCAGAGAGCCUCCAUCUGCUGUUGAACCCACUACAGAAAGUGCUGCUGUGUCUGGGCAACCGUAAGGCAUCGUCCUUAGGCAUGACCCUGUCGUCUGUGCUGGAGCAGGUGGCAAAACUGCCUGUACCUCAUACCAAGGAACAAGAGGAGGAUGACGUCUUCUCACUUUGUCGCUGUUGCAGUGACCUGAUCACAUUUGUCAGGCCUUUUGUCCAAGAGGCCAGGCAAAACCUUCUGAACAGUAAGAAGCAGAGUGAGGUAGCGGACAAGUUGCCAGUUGGAGGGGAAUGGUCGUCACCGGAUAAAGAGGAGCUGAGGACAGAGCUGCUGAAGUUCUGUAUGAAGACUCUGAGUCACCCACUCCUGGAGGUACAACUCAAGGAUCCUGAAACCCUGGCUGUGUCUCCCCUGAGGAAUUUUGCCACAGAGAUUUUGAACACCCUCAGUGCUAUCGGAGAGUCCGUCCCCAGCCUUGUGUACCAGCCGCUGUUAAAGAGGAAGGAAGUUCCCGGCUUUCUGGAGGAGGAGGUGCGCUAUCCCAAAGAGUCACUAGCCAGCCUGGCUCACCUGGUGUUCAUCCAUCACCUGGCUGCUGAUUCGUUCCCAAGUGUUUUCAGCCCUGUGUUCUGUCUUCGGUGUAAUAUGGAGCACGUCUGCCUCCUAUUGUCCAGAACUGAUGAAUCCAGGAUUCAGAAAGGACUGGAGCUGUAUGAGAAGAGUCUGGUGCGGGUAGAGAACGGCAGUCUGCAUGCAGAUCUGUUAGAAAUCAAAACCUUCCUCACAGUGCCUCAGAACAUAGUGAAGGUCAUGACGAUAUGUCCGAGGCAUGAUUUGAGAACUAAAGGUCUGAAGGUGUUCCAGCUGAGCAUUGAUAAGUUUGACACUGAAGCCAAAUACAAGUUUUUCCUAUUCAUGCUGAAGACCAGUAAUCACUCAGGUGUCGAAGGCUACAUCAUUAAAAACAUUAAAACUCAGAUAGACAUUUCCCUGCAGCCCGGUAACAGUAACACCUGGUUCGAAGGAGUUCACCUCCUUCCUCUACUGCGGAAGGUUUUCAUUCUCCCAGACGGUCCAGAAACCGACCUCUUGCAGUACAUGGACAGAGUUAUGGAGUCUCUUAACCUGCUGCGUUACCUUGUCAUCAGAGACAAAGUGACUGAGAACCAGACGGGAAUCUGGACAGAGCUGUAUAAAACAGAAGAUACAUUCCUGAGGCCCCUACGCGUAGGGUUGGACAUGUCGAGGGCCCACUAUGAGAGGGAGCUCUACAACACUAUGGAGGCCAAGAAGGGCAAAGUCAAAGAGGAGUCUGUACUUUCUGUGUCUGUCGGUGAAGACAAGCUGCCAAACAUGACACCAGAGUCCCAGAUUCAGGCUCUGCACUCAGCCCUGCACACAUUCGACAUGAUCAAGAGCGUGUUGGUGCGGAUAGAGGAACUCAUCGAGGUGAAGAACAAUAUUUAGACUGUUUUACACUUCACUACCAGACAUCCUCAUCGUCUCAGGGCCUAGCAGGCAAAAAAGCCUUCAGCUGCUUUACUGUUUAAAUUCAUUUUGUUAAAAAUUUUAAUGUGGAUGCAUAAUUUCAAAGUGUUUAAAAAACCAUGCACUGUGUUUCAAGUCAUUUUCAGCAGGUCUGCUGGCUAGUUAGAAUGAGGUGUUACUGUAAAACAUAUAAAUAAUGACUGGGAAGUUUGUAUCACUUCUGUAAUAAAUGUUCAAUCUUUUAUACGAAGAGAUUAAGUACGUUCUGUAGUAAUUAUAAUUAUCUGUUAUAUUUUCUAUGGGAGAAACAAUAAAGUUGUGAUUG